AUGACCAGUCUCAUAAGAAUAAUGAAUGGCAGUGGGAGGGAGGGAAAGAAGUCAGAAAUGACUGAUGUGGAGCCUGUGGUCACAGAUUUUGCAGCCUCAGGAAGAGCAGGUCGCCGAAAUGCCUUACCAGACAUUCUGGGUUCUUCUGCCGCUGGAGCUGGCACAUCAGAACUGCCACUUAAAUUAGCAGAACUAUCCAUGUCAGAAGGUGAAGGGGUUGAAGGUGGAGAAACAUCAUCCUCCAACACUGCAAUGGAAAAAGAAGAAACAGAAGGAAAAGGCAUGGACUCCUAAUGUCUCAGGAUUGUUUGGCUUGCUGUGACUACCAACAGAUUUCACUCCUCAUCUGUGCUAGACUCUGAAUGACACAAUAUUUGUAAUGGUUGAGAAGGGAGGCUACUUAAGAGUUUUGUGAUGUUACCCAGUCCAUCAGAUAGCAAAAUAUCUGUGUACAAAUCAAUCAGUGAUGAGCCAGAGUAUCUCUUAAGGUUUUAGCAUUGUUUUCUAUCCUGUAAUGAAAUCAGCUCCACCGUAUUCUUUUGAACAGUGUACAUAAAUAAGCACAACCCAACAAAAAUACCUACUCAGAUCUUUUCAGGGAUAAAUAAAAAUAGAUUUUAAAAAAAUUACAAAAAUUAUUAGACUCAGUCCAGAGCUAAUAUCCAAAAUGUAUGCAGGGAUUACCAUGGUGAAACUGAGUAGCCAGUCAAUCACAUUUUUAAAAACAAAUAUAAAUCCUGGGAGAGGCACCUUAGAAAGAACCAAAUGUUUUUAAAUGGGCAAAAGGUAAUGGAAUAGUAGGACAUUGUCUUGCUAUUGUCCACCACUUGUUUGAAGAGUUUCAUGAGAACUCCCCUGCUUCAGUUGUACAGUGACCAGGAGCACACCAAUAAAUAAAGCCGCCAACAAUCCUGAAUAUGCUGGAGUGUGCUGGAUCCUAGUAGCCCACUGUUCUGGGGCUGGACACUUACCUCUGGACACUUCUACUAACACCACAGACUCUUCCACCACUAGAGGAGGCUCUUGCAAAGGCAGACCAUUCUUUGCAACGGAGAAAUGUGACAGCCGAAAGAGUUAGAAUCCAGCCCAGCAUUUAAGGAUGUUGGAAGGAUGCUAUAAGCAGAAUCCCAUGGCUCUCAUGUAACCACACUCCACACAGAAAUAACAAUAGAGACAGAUGCACUGGGUGGUGGGAAUCCCUUUUCCUGGCAAGAAAACUGCAUCCUGUGAGCUGUAAAACUGGGAUGUCCUGAAACAGAGGAAAGACCUCUGGAUUCUCCAUAGCAACUGCACAUAUGCUAUUUUCUGGAAAGGCCCUUCUUAUUGAUUGGAUCUUUUUAAAAAAGUAACCUUUUCUGUAUCCAUUCCCCUUCCCAGACAUCGAAGUUUAUUUUCACAGAAUCUAGAGCACACUGUAUUUGUGCUGGGCCAGGCUGUUGGAUCUUCAAAAGAAAUGGAACGUCACCUGUUUAAAAGCUGAUGGAGAUCUUCUGGGACUUGAUCUCUUGCUAGAGAUGUACAACUGCACAGAGAAAAAUGAAAAAUGCGCUAUCUUCAUCCUUUCAAAAUAUCAGGAUUUACUGAGAGCUCCUAGGAAUUUGAAAUACCUUUCACUAUACUCCCCCUUUCUCAUAUUUGACCUCUUUUGUGCCAAACUGCAUGCCACACAGGACAGCCAACUUUUAGAUCUCCCAACUUUUUUUUUUUACUGACAUGGAACUGGGUGGAGGGAAGGGAGCUACAGCAGACAAAGCCAGAAUAUAACUCUCCCCCUGUGCCAUCUUCUUGAUCAAAACGCCCCCCCCCCCCCAAUGCUGUUUAGCCCAUGAAUGUGGGAAAUUUUCCCCCGGGAGUAAAAAUAAAUAGGUGGUGGGCUAUUUGAAAAUUGUGACUCGGAAAGGUUUAGACAUAUGCUCCCCCCCCCCCGCCCCAAACGCUUCUGCUUUUGUGUACUUUGGCCCUAAGUGAUCUUGACAGGUUGUUCAUCCGUACAUUUUUAAAUGGAAUCUCAUGACAUUUGUAAAUUGUUUUACAUUAGGUAUAUUUCCUCAUGAAAAAUGAACUUUCUUAUCAUCUCCUGCUCAGUUGCAUCUUUUGUCACUCACAUCUUCACAGGGUUCCAGAACACAAGCUUUCCAUAUGAGUUAGGGUGUGGGGUUAUUGGUUAAUCACUGGUCCUGUUACAAUCAUCAUAGUUAAAGCAUUUCCUCUCUCAUUGAUCUUGCCUGUACCAAAGGACAGAUCCAUGUUUUAUAAUAAAGAUUGUAUUA